AUGGAAAUGGAGAGGGAAGGGAAGGGGAGCAGAAAGUUCAGCCACUGCCUGGGGGUGACCAGGAAGCCGACCUGGGUGAAGAAGAAGCUCAUGUUCCAGGGGAAGGGGCGGACCAUCCUGGAAAAGCCAUGGAUUCUCAGAAAAGCUGAGAUACCUGGCUGUGUGGCAUCCAACCUCAUCCCCCUGCGGGCCACCCUUUAUAAGUUAGAGCCAGGGGCUGGGAGCGGGACUGCUCGGGAGAGGAAGCCGAAGGGGCCCGUGCUGGCUGUGAGGGACGGGAGGAUCCUGAAGAGCAAGCUGGAGGGGAGAAGAACCUUGACCAGCCACAGCCCAGGCUCAGCCAUGGCACACCCGGUCGCCAUCAAACUCAUCCCAUUCUAUAAGAGGCUGGUGAAGAAGAGGUGGGGCAUCCUCUCGGAAGAUGACGUCACCGACAUCCAAGGGGCCCUCAAGAAGGGGAAGCUGGAGGAGGCGGCCUCCAAGAUCAAGGAGAAGAUGGAGGCGGCUGAGAGGGCCCCCCUGAACAUCGCCGUCGUCGGGGAGACCGGCUCCGGGAAGUCCACCUUCAUCAACACCCUGCGCGGGCUGGGGCAUGAGGACGAGGACUCCGCCCCCACCGACGUGGUGGUCACCACCCUGGAGCCCAUCCCCUACCGGUACCCCAAAUUUCCCAAUGUCACCCUGUGGGACCUGCCAGGCAUCGGGGCCCCUGACUUUCGCCCAGAGGUCUACCUGAAGAAGGUGAAGGUCAACCACUACGACUUCUUCGUCAUCCUCACCUCGGAGAGAUUCAAGGCCAGCCACGUGAGCCUGGCUCAGGAGAUCCGGAGGGUGGGGAAGAAGUUCUAUUUCGUCCGGGCCAAAGUGGACAACGACCUGUACAACUCGCGGCGGAGCAAGCCCAAGACCUUCAGCGAGGAGCUGGUCCUGCAGAGGAUCCGAGAGGACUGCCUGAGUGGUCUCCAGAAGGGAGGGGUCAGUGACCCCUGGGUCUUUCUGGUGUCCAGCCUGGACAUCUCCCUCUAUGACUUCCCCAAGCUGGAGGACACCCUGGUGUCGGAGCUGCCUGCUCACAAGUGCCACGCCCUGGUGCUGGCCCUGCCCAAUGUGGCCGAAGAGGCGGGGGGGACCAGCCGGCCCACGCUGCAGGAGAAGAUGGGGCUGAGGGCCCUGAAGGCAGCCGCCUGGGCCGCCUUCCCUUUCUCCCACCUGGCUGGCCGGCCCACAGAAGAACCAAGGGGCCUGUCCCUCGAGGAAGAUUUGCGGGACUUGGCUGAAGAGGAGCUGAAGAGCGCCAGUCUCGUCGGUGACAUGAUGGACAACGUGAAAGUGGUGGUCGGCUCCAUCCCGAUCAUCGGGGGCUUCGGGGCCGAUGCCAUCUCCUACGUGCAGGGCUAUUAUGUGCAGUGGCCCUUCCUGGACGCGGUGGCCCAAGAGGCUACGGACCUCCUGAGGAAAACGUGGAGGAACUGA